AUGGCGUUAAACUGGCUGGUGGAAGUGCGAGGUGUGCAGAUGACCUGGUGUGAGUAUAAGGCUCUGCGAGCAGAGGAGGCAGAAAGAAACCACAGAAGGCUGAACCGUCUCAAAGAGGCCAUCCAAAUGCUGGAAAAGGCGAAGGAAAAGACGGAAGAGAACGGCGAAGGGUCCGAAUCACCAAUCGCAAGCAAACCGCAAGAGAAGGAAGUUGAGAAGUCAGACGUGGCCCCAUCUCCCACCGCCACAACUGUGAGCGAAACGGACAAGGAGACGACUGCGGAGCCAAAGAAGGAACACGAACAUCAUUUGGAACACGAAGAUGGAGAGCUCCACGAAUUUAACGAGACGGCACAUCUAAUGGAGCUGGAAGCCGAAGAGGAAGAGGAACAUGUGCACUCUCAGGAAAAGGAAGAGGAGCCCCAGAAAGAGGAGGCUGGAAGCAGUGUCGCCGUGCAUGGAGACAAACCAACGCCGAAGGCUCCAGUGCCCACAAGCACAGGCACGAAUGAUGCUGGCGCAAAAGCAGGAAAAAUCCUGCUUAAUCUGGUCAACAACAAGGAGGAACGCCCACCGCAACAAGCGGGUGCAGUCCUUUUGCAACUGUUAAAGGGCGGCGGCACACGCAAGGUGGAGUCAGGGCGCCCUGACGCUGGCGCCGGCCUAGCCCUAUUGCAACAGGUCAAGGCAGGCAGCCUAGGUGCACCUCCAAAGAACGAUGCAUGGGCGUACGAUGGUGACAGCCGCUGGUGGUCUUGGGAUGAAUGGGGUCACGGGAAGGCUGGCAAGAAGGGGAAGACCGGGUGGAACGGAGACUGGUGGGGCUAUGGCCAGGACUGGGAAGACUGGCACGAGCGCUGGGUGCCAACACCACAGGGCAGUCAAAGAAGGGCAAGGCAAAAGCAGGUCAGACUGCGCUGGCAACAUUACAAUUAA